ACUUGAAACUCCUCUGUUUACACAUCAAAAUGAGUCGCUUUCUUUACAUACUCGCCCUCCUCUUCUUCGUCUCAAAAUACGUCUUCUCUGCUCCUUCAUGUGAGCUGGUUGUGAAGGACAUAGCGCCUUGCCUCGGGUACAUGCAGGGGAAAGACGCCUCCCCUGAGUGCUGCCAAGGGGUGAAUGAUUUAAGUGGCCACGCUAAAACCAAAGAAGAUCGAACCGCCAUUUGUAACUGUGUGAAGCAAGCUCUUUCUUCCUAUAAGUAUGAUCCCAAGCUCAUCCCUCUUCUUCCUAAGAAAUGUGGAUCAAACCUUGAGUUACCACCCAUUGAUAAAGACUAUGAUUGCUCCAAGGUUUAGAUUAUGAAGAUGGAGAUAUGAUUUGGUGGACGAGACAAAUCUUUAGUUGUUUGUGAAAAAAUAAAUAAAUCAAACAAGUUGUUAUAAUAUGAUGAUGUAAUAGAUCUUGCUGAGAUGGAGAAUAAACAUUUGGGUAAAAGAUAUUUGCCUUUUGCUUU